AUGGGACUCGGAGACAAGUUGUCCGUCAUCGCCGUCGCGACCUUGGCCGUGUGGUCGAUGCUGCUCGCCAACAACUGGACGAGUCGCACACCCCACUUGAAGGGCUUGAACGAGGCCAAAUCGAUCAUUUGGGUCAUCGCGCAUCGUACGUUCUCCCUCCCAUAGACGGGUACGAUCCCGUAUCGAGGUUGUAGACUGCCUGACACCGUCCCGAGGCUUUGGGCAGCCGACGACGAGGCCUUCUUCUUUGGACCUUCGUUGACCAACUUGCUCGCCCCACCUGGCCGGGACGAGGAGAAGAGCAAGAGGGUCUAUCCGGCCGGCCACAUCCUCAGUCUCUCAAGUGGCAAGUCAGAUAUGGUGAUAUCGAUCUGCAGCAUCUUAUGAACUGUCUCUCUCGUCGCUCCCACAGGCAACUACGAAGGCCACGGAGAGGUCCGUACGGCCGAGUUGAAAGAGUCGUGUCGCAUGUUCGCCGUCGACGACGACAAAUGCGUCGUUGUCCAUGAUCCGUAAGUCUGCUAACGCCGGACACUUUUGUUGGAGCCUUGCGACUAAGGCGCUGCCGGUUAUGCCUCCAUCCCCAGUCGACUCGUCGAUGGUCCCGAUCAGACUUGGUCCGCGGAUGUGAUUAAUUCGAUCGUCGCCGAAAAAGUCAAGCAAUGGAACGCCGAUGUCGUAUGUUUGCUCUCGCAUUCACCUCACCUUUUCUAGGCGAUGGCUCAGUUCUGAUCGUUCAUUGCAGAUCAUCACCUUUGACCCGCUCGGCGUCUCGUCCCACCCGAACCAUGCCUCCCUUGGCCAAACCCUCCUCGCGGCACCUUCGACCUUCCCUCAAAUCUACCUCGUUCGGACCACACCUCUCCCUCUCAAAUUUACCUCCCUCCUCCUCCUGCCCCUGAAGCACCUCCAACACAACAUCAUCCCUUCCUCCCUCAUCCCCUUCCUACCCUCCUUACCCGGCAUAGGAGCCAUCGGAUCGCCCUCCCCUCGAACGGUCUUCUUGACGUCUCCUCCCCCCAGCUUCAUCCUGACGAGGUUGGCGUUCGAUGCGCACCAGAGUCAACAGACGUGGUUCAGGACGCUAUAUGCUUUAUUCAGUCAUUACCUCUGGUGGAUCGAGUUGGUCCCGAGGGAGGAGUAUGAGCUUACCAGAGGUGCGCAAGUGGGUCGGCUCAGUGCGGAGGGCAAGACGGAGCUGUAG